CAGUAUUUACUAUUUAGACAGUUGGAUGAUUAUGAAAUGGUCUCUAGCAAUCACUGUCACAGGUAGUUGAGUUAAACUGGUAAUGGCCGCUCGGAGACUCUCUUCUUUUUUGCUCUUUCAUUCUCUAUCUCGUUCAGCUGCCUCCUCCUUUACUUCAGAAGAAAACAAAAUUCUUAAAAGGAACAUACAACGGUUUAGCACUGCUGCAGCAGCUGAGGAACCCAUUGCUCCACCUGUUGAAAUUAAUUACACUAAGCUUCUUAUCAAUGGCCAGUUUGUAGAUUCCGCAUCUGGAAAAACAUUUCCAACUUUGGAUCCUCGAACAGGGGAAGUGAUUGCGGAUGUUGCUGAAGGUGAUACAGAAGAUAUUAAUCGUGCAGUGUCUGCUGCUCGAAAGGCAUUUGAUGAAGGACCAUGGCCAAGAAUGACCCCUUAUGAAAGAUCAAGGAUCAUGUUGCGGUUUGCAGAUUUGGUUGGGAAACACAAUGAUCACAUCGCAGCUCUUGAAGCAUGGGACAAUGGAAAGACUUAUGAACAGGCUGCCAAAGCUGAAAUUCCGAUGCUUGUUCGCCUUUUUCGCUAUUAUGCUGGUUGGACAGAUAAAAUCCAUGGCCUUACAGUUCCAGCUGAUGGACCGCACCAUGUGCAAACAUUGCAUGAGCCGAUAGGUGUUGUCGGACAGAUAAUUCCUUGGAACUUUCCUCUCCUCAUGUUUGCUUGGAAAGUUGGGCCUGCACUGGCCUGUGGCAAUACUAUUGUCUUGAAAUCUGCAGAGCAAACCCCGUUGACUGCUCUCUAUGUAGCAAACUUGUUUCAGGAGGCUGGUCUUCCUCCUGGUGUAUUAAAUGUAGUUUCUGGUUAUGGUCCAACAGCUGGUGCAGCUCUAGCUAGCCACAUGGAUGUGGAUAAGCUUGCUUUCACAGGCUCAACAGAGACCGGGAAGACUGUACUAGGAUUGGCUGCACAGAGCAAUCUUAAGCCAGUGACAUUAGAGCUUGGAGGAAAAUCACCUUUUAUCGUAUGUGAGGAUGCUGAUAUCACUCGAGCCGUGGAGCUAGCCCACUUUGCUCUGUUCUUCAAUCAGGGGCAAUGCUGUUGUGCUGGCUCUCGUACAUUUGUUCACGAACGUGUUUAUGAUGAGUUCUUACAAAAAUCCAAAGCUCGUGCUAUGAAACGUGUUGUUGGCGACCCCUUCAAGAAGGGUGUUGAACAAGGUCCUCAGAUAGACUCAGAGCAAUUUGAGAAAAUUCUCGGGUAUAUAAAAUCUGGUAAGGAAAGCAGUGCUACCCUUGAAUGUGGGGGCGGAAGAUUUGGCUCCAGAGGAUACUACGUUCAACCUACUGUAUUCUCAAAUGUUGAGGAUGAUAUGUUGAUAGCAAAGGAAGAAAUUUUUGGCCCUGUGCAGUCGAUCCUGAAAUUCAAAGACCAGAAUGAAGUGAUAAGAAGAGCGAAUGCAUCAAAAUAUGGUCUAGCUGCUGGAGUUUUUACGAAGAACAUCAAUACAGCUAACACCUUCGCGCGAGCUCUGAGGGUAGGUACAGUAUGGAUAAACUGCUUUGAUGUGUUUGAUGCUGCAAUCCCUUUUGGCGGAUACAAAUUGAGCGGGACAGGAAGGGAAAAAGGGAUAUACAGCCUUCAAAACUAUCUGCAAGUCAAGGCUGUUGUUACUUCCUUAAAUAAUCCUGCAUGGCUGUAAUUCAGUGAUUUCAAUUAGUAUGUUUAGAAAUAACUAAAUGUAUCGAAAAGAAUGAUGGCAAUUAUAGAUUCUGCAUAUGGUAGGUUUUGCUAUUCCUUCAUCUCA